AUUAUCGGGUCCCCACUGAAGAAGGCCCAAAACAAGGUGUAUAGUUGCAAAGAGACGAGCUACCCGAGCCUACUCAUCACCCAUCCACCUUUAUUAAAACGAUUAAGGCAAAUACCAAGCUGUCACUCUAUUCUCUAUCUCAUCACUCAUCUUCUUUCUCACUCUCUCUCUCCCUUUCUCUCCCAAUACCAACAGAAUCACUCCUUCCUCAACCACAGCUAUUAGCCGGACCCUCCAUCUCCAUCUCCAUCUCCAACUUCUCUCUUUCCUUCUUUCUUUUACUCUCCUUAAUAACAACAAACAAAAUCUACAAUGUGUUAGAUUAUAUUCAAUUCAAUUCAAUUCAUACCCCUUUUCCCUAUUUUGUUUCUCUCUCCAUUCAUUACCCAAAACCCCCCAAAUUAAGCUUUGUGAGCUCAAAGGAAUCCUUCAAUGGUGUCGGUGGAAGAAACCCACUCUAAUUCCACUCGAAUACAUUCUAUGUACGCCAGUUUCCAUUCUCCCUCUUCUUUAUCCUCCGCUUCUUCCACCAGGAUAUGGCGGGAGAGAGGCCGCUCAAUGAGAACCGUUCGCUCUACUAUUUUCUGCCCUUCCCCCGCGUCUAGCGUUGGCGCCGAUCGUCCGCCGCCGCAUCUUCCCACAGGGAGCAACUACGUGUCCGAAAAUCUCACUGACUCUGUCAUGGACAUCCGCCUCGGGGAGCUCGCCUCACGGACGGCCAAGUCAAUUAAAUCUUCUUUUGCCGAUGAGGAUUUCGGUCUCCUCGACGACCUUUCACGCUCUUUUAGCGACUAUUCCGUUUGCAGUAGCGAUAUCUCCGGUGAGCUUCAACGGCUUGCCGCGACGGCUGCUAUUGGGCCGGGUUCAGGGUCGGGUUCUGGAUCGAGGGAGCUGGAUCUGGACCUAGAGCCUGAGCCCUGUGAGGGGUUUCUGCAGAGGGACAGUUUCUCGACGGAGAUAAUCGAGAGUAUUUCGCCGGAGGAUUUGCAGCCGACGGUGAAACUGUGUGUAGAUAGUUUAGCCUCGCCGUCCGCUGCGAUCAAGCGGUCGGCGGCGGCGAAGCUACGGCUAUUGGCGAAGAACCGGGCUGAUAACCGGGUUUUGAUCGCGGAAUCGGGUGCCGUCCCGGGUCUUGUGCCAUUACUGAAGUCUACCGACCCGUGGACGCAAGAACACGCUGUCACGGCUCUUUUGAAUUUGUCUCUUCAUCCGGAUAACAAGAAACCGAUUGCGGAAACCUCGGGUGCGAUCAAGUCUCUCAUCUAUGUAUUGAAGACGGGGACCGAAACCUCAAAACAAAACGCAGCUGCUGCGUUGAUGAGUUUGGCUAUGGUAGACGAGGAGACGCGCCUUACAAUUGGAGCCAGCGGGGCGAUUCCGCCUUUGGUGGCGCUCCUUAUUAAUGGAGCUUCCAGAGGGAAGAAGGACGCGCUGACUACGCUUUAUAAGCUGUGUUCUGCGAAGCUGAAUAAGGAGAGAGCGGUGAAUGCUGGCGUGGUCACCCAUUUGGUAGCCCUUGUGGAUGAUCAGGGGAGCGGGAUGGCGGAGAAGGCGAUGGUAGUGUUAAGUAGCUUGGCGUGUAUUGAGGUGGGUCGGUCGGCGAUUGUGGAGGAAGGUGGGAUUCCAGCGUUGGUAGAGGCGGUGGAGGAGAGCUCAUCGAAAGGGAAAGAGUUUGCAGUGGUGACAUUGUUGCAGUUGUGUGGGGAGAGUGUUAGAAAUAGAGGGUUGUUGGUAGCUGAAGGCGGUAUUCCUCCUCUUGUGGCUUUGUCUCAGAUUGGCACUGCCCGCGCUAAGCUUAAGGCUGAAACCCUUCUUAAAAUCUUGAGGGAGCCAAGGAAACAAGAGGCAGCUUCAUCAUCAAGUCCUUAACAACCAACCAAAGUGGUAAACUUACAAUUAACUCUGGGGUUUUGCUUCCAUAAUACGAAGUACUUCUGUAUAUAUAUAUUGAGGAGGAGGAAGAGUUGUUUGCCUUGGUGGCGUCUAGUAUGUACAGCGUGGUCUUUGGAAAAAAGACCGGAGAAACUUAUUAUUAGGAGCUGUAUUGAGAUCUUCCUCAAUCUGACUUAGAUAUAUUCAUUAGUUUGCAAAUAGGUUCUCUGUUCAUGUUCUUCAACUCUCCUCUCUUGGUAGUCGUUUUUUUUCCUCUUUUUGUAGCCACAUAUUUGGAGAUGGCCCAAGUUUUUAGUGUUUCCUUUUUCGCUUCUCUGAAGUUUGGGCUUGACGACGGGGUUCUGGUCCGGAAGCUAUUAACUUUUUAGCAUUAAUUUUUCGGAUUUACAAUUUGUAUGAAGUUAUUAGUAGUAGAUGUGCCCAGAAUAUGAAGUUGAUGGAGACAAGAGGGUGCUUGUAAUCCGUCGGCAUACAUGUGUAAUGUUUAGGUGUAAAAUUAUUAUCCAAAUGAUAUGUUAGGCUGUUGGGUGUUGUGAA